AUGCCCUCGAGCCUCUCCCCCGGGGACGCCGCCUCCGCCAAGGGAGAGUCCAACCCCGGUGUGAACCCCCUCGAGCCACCUGAGCAGCUGCUGACGGCGUACGCACUUCCGUCGUCCGCUUUUCCUUUUUGGGUGCAACACAACCCCGCAUUUGCGCAGUGCUGGGCCGCUCGUUUGCCAAACGCAGAGUGGCUACAGCCGCUGCUGACGCGCGAAGCUGCGUGGUUCUCAGAAGCUGCAGAGACUGGUCGCGACUCUGAGGAGGCGCUCACCCUCGAUGACCUGCUGGAGCAGCACCGACAGCACCAACAGCAACAACUGUCACUUCUCCUCGGCUAUUACGCAGCCACUGCGGAGAAGUCGGCCGCCGAGCUCGCCGCGCCGCGCGUCGGUAUCGACGACGCGGAUGAACCGAUUUCGAACCACAUCGCGUCGGCGACCUUCUACGAUUCCAUGGUGGCGUCCGAUUCCAACACGCUUGCGGCUUUCGUGCUCGAUGGCUUUACCAAAUUUUGUGGAGGCGCCUUCUUUCUCAGCAAGGUUGCACCAUCGCGCAAUGCUACAAGUGGCACGCUUGAAGACCAAGGGCCGACGCCGAAGAAGGAGAAGCGGUACACGCGUCCAGAGGACGCAACCGUCGUCCAGCUCUCGUCGGAUGAGCGCUCGUCGGAUGAGGAGCAGCAGGCUCAUGCUUCCGGGUUUGAGCCGCACACUGCCCGCUCCAAGACUCGGCUCCUGAACGGCGAAGCUGUGGACGACGAUGUGAUCAGCCUUCACGGUUCUCUGGUGGAGCGCACCGCAACCAAGAGCAAUAACGUCGUGUGCGCGAGCACCUAUUUCGCGCAGAAGUUGAUGGAAGGCGAGCACCGCGCCGCGUGGAGUGUGCUGCGGCGUGAACAGCGAGCGAAUAUCAGGCGGUGGGUCAAGCAGGGCGUGCGAUGGACCAUCCUUGCUCCAUGGCACAAUGGUUCUUUCCACUGGGUGGUUUGCGAGUUUCGCUUUUACCGCCGCACCAGCACUCCCUCGACCAUCACGGUGUCUGAUGAGAUGCCGCAGCAGGAAAACGGUGUGGACUGCGGGCCUUUCGCCAUCGAGGCUGUUCGGCGCCGCGCCUUCGGCAUGUCCAUCGAUCGCUCCAAGUGGUCACAGGGGGACAUGUCCUUGGUGCGCCACCUGAUAUACCGCGAACUAGGAUGGUUGCAAGGCCAUCAACCUGCCCUUCUGGUGAAGACCGACUCGGACUGGACCCGGGCUCAGCACCCGGAGCCAGCAAGCUAG